AUGGACCUCAAGGAUUUGGCAAUAGGAAUAGUAUUCUUACUUCAGAGCACAGUUGGAAUUCUGGGAAAUCUUUCUCUUCUUUCCUGCUACUUCAUCCAUUACCACAUUGAACAGACAUUAAAGACCACAGAUGUGAUUCUCACACACCUCUUCAUAGCAAACUUCUUGAUUAUUCUUUCUAAAGGAAUGCUCGAGACAAUGAAAGCUUUUGGGAUGAAGGGGUUCUUUAAUGAUUUCAGCUGCAAACUUCUUUUGUAUAUUCAAAGACUUGGCAGGAGCUUGUCCAUGGGCACCACAUGUCUCUUGACUGUCUUCCAAGCCAUCACCAUCAGCCAGGGUGACUCCUGUUGGAACCGUCUUAAAGUCAAAGCUCCAAAGCAUAUUGGCCUCUUCACUUUUCUCUGCUGGAUUCUCUACAUAUCAGUAAACAUGAUUUUCCCUGUGUAUAAGUAUACCAAGGGGAACAGCAAUAACCUGACACAUAAGAAUGAUAUGAAAUACUGCUCCACUGUAGGUCAUGAUGAAUUCACGGGCUCAUUAUAUACAGCUUUCUUUGUUUUUCCUGAAAUUUUGCUUUCUGUUCUCAUUAUCUGGUCCAGCAGUUCCAUGGUUUUAAUUCUGUACAGGCACAAGCAGCAGAUUCAAUAUAUGCGCUGUAUCCGUGUUUCCUCUAAAAUAUCCCCCGAAUCCAAAGCCACCCAGAGCAUUCUGGUUUUGGUGUUCACCUUUCUAGGUUUUUAUGCCCUCUCCUCCAUCUUACAAGGUUGUGUUGCUCUCAUAUAUAAUCCUAGCUGGUGGCUGCUGAACAUCACAGCCAUCAUUUCACUGUGUUUUCCUACAUUGGGCCCCUUUGUUAUGAGCCAUUAUGCCACUGUGCCAAGACUGUGCUAUUCCUGA